AUGGCCGCCAACGGUGCGCCAGCUCCUCCCCGGAAGCGCAGGAUUGGUGUUAUGACCAGUGGAGGUGAUUCCCCUGGCAUGAAUGGCGCUGUGCGAGCUGUUGUCCGCAUGUCCAUUCACAUGGGCUGCGAAUCCUAUGCAAUCUACGAGGGCUAUGAAGGAUUGGUACAGGGUGGGGAUCUGAUCAAAGAGAUGCACUGGGAAGAUGUGAGAGGAUACUUGUCUCGGGGGGGGACUCUAAUUGGCACCGCACGUUGCAUGGCGUUCAUGGAGAGAUGGGGCCGACUGAAAGCAGCCAAAAACAUGGUCGACCGUGGCAUUGAUGCCCUUGUCAUCUGCGGCGGUGACGGUAGCUUGACCGGUGCUGACAAGUUCAGAGCAGAAUGGCCGAGUCUACUUAAAGAGCUGGUAGAGACCGGGGAGCUGACCCAGGCAGAAGUUGAUCCAUUCCAGCACCUAAACAUCGUCGGCCUGGUUGGCUCGAUUGACAACGAUAUGUCUGGCACUGAUGCCACCAUCGGUUGCUACUCCUCCCUUGAGCGUAUCUGCUCCGCGGUCGACGACGUUUUCGACACCGCCGCUUCCCAUCAACGUGGCUUCGUGAUUGAAGUCAUGGGUCGGCAUUGCGGUUGGCUAGCUCUCAUGGCGUCGAUAGCCACCGGCUCUGACUUUGUGUUCAUUCCCGAGAAACCUCCUCGAGUCGGCUGGGAAGAUCAGAUGUGCGACAUCAUCGCUACUCACCGAAAGAGAGGCAAGAGAAGGUCGAUUGUCAUUAUUGCGGAAGGUGCCCACGACAGAGAAUUGAACAAGAUCACAGCAAACCAAGUCAAAGAUCUCCUGACCCAGAAGCUUAAUUUAGACACACGAGUUACUGUUCUUGGGCAUACACAACGAGGUGGACAUGCAUGUUUCUACGACCGUUGGUUGUCGACACUGCAAGGCGUGGAAGCGGUGAAAGCGGUCUUGGAUGCCACUCCAGAGACACCCAGCCCAGUCAUAACUAUCCGAGAGAACAAGAUUGAGCGGUCCAACCUGAUGGAAACAGUGGCAUUGACCAAGUCGGUCAGUGCUGCGAUCGCUGCCAAGGAUUUCGACAAGGCUAUGCAACUGCGAGAUGUCGAAUUCAAGGAAUAUUACAACAGUUAUGUCAUUACCACCUCUACCGACCACCCUGCUUUGCGUCUACCUGAAGAGAGGAGGAUGAGGAUCGCAAUUAUCCACGUCGGAGCUCCUGCCGGAGGUAUGAACCCAGCCACUCGCGCUGCCGUGGCGUAUUGUCUGACCCGCGGUCAUACUCCAAUCGCAAUCCAUAAUGGUUUCCCGGGUCUACAACGCCACCACGAUGAUAAGCCCGUUGGAUCUGUACGCGAGUGUCGUUGGAUCGACGUGGAUCCAUGGGUUAAUGAGGGUGGCUCUGAGAUCGGCACCAACCGCGGCCUGCCCAGCUCUGAUAUGAAGAAAACUGCAGAGUGCUUCGGGUUGUACAAGUUUGAUGCGCUAUUCCUCAUUGGUGGGUUCGAAGCUUUCACUGCAGCAAGUGAGCUGAGGAAGGCGCGGGAACAAUAUGACGUCUUCAAGAUCCCUCUGGUCGUCUUACCAGCGACCGUGUCAAACAACGUGCCAGGCACCGAAUACUCCCUUGGCAGCGAUACGUGCUUAAAUACGCUGAUCCAAUUUUGCGACGCCAUUCGACAAUCGGCAUCAUCUUCAAGACGACGGGUAUUUGUCAUCGAGACACAAGGCGGUCGAUCUGGUUAUCUCGCCACGAUGGCUGGGCUGUCGGUCGGUGCACUCGCAGUCUACAUCCCUGAAGAAGGAAUCAAUAUCCACAUGAUUGCCAGGGAUAUCGAAUUCUUGCGCGAAAACUUCAAGAAUGACCAGGGAGCAUCGAGAGCGGGGAAAAUCAUCCUUCGAAAUGAGAGGGCUAGCACAACAUACACGACACAAGUGAUUGCUGAUAUGAUCAAAGAGGAAGCCCGAGGUCGUUUCGAAUCUCGAGCAGCAGUACCUGGCCAUUAUCAACAGGGUGGCAAGCCUUCGCCUAUGGAUCGAAUCCGUGCACUCCGGAUGGCAAUCAAGUGUAUGCAGCACAUCGAGGAUCGAUUUACCGGAAAGUCCAAGGACUGGAUCGCGGACGACCCGUUGUCAACAGUAGUGAUUGGUAUUCAAGGGUCUGAAGUGGUCUUCACCUCAAUGGGGGGACCAACAGGACUCGAGGCUACAGGAACCGAUUGGGGGGAUCGGAGGCCCAAGAAUGAAUUCUGGCUGGCUAUGAAGGAGACGGUGGAUAUACUAAGUGGACGGCCCAAGCUGACGGACUGCUGUGAGGAGUGCGGGAAGCCGUUAUCUGGCGAGACUUUGAAGCGUCCCCUCUCCAAGCAGGUCUAA